AUGGAUUUAAAGUCAACACUUCUGGUUGUUGGAGGAUCUGCGUGCUCUUUUAAACUGCUGAACAUGAUCAUUAGAUUCCUGCCAACACCAGAGCCUGCACGCAAAAAAUGCUGGAAGUGGAGGAAUAUCAGCACUUCUUUAGCUUACAGCUCGCUGACAGAAGCAUGGGCUGUUUUGCAAUUUCUACAUUCAACCUCAGAUGUGGAGGACAUGAUCUCCUCUUACUCCUUGCUCUCUUACAGUCAUGUAGCUGUGUCUACAGGUUAUUUUAUUCAUGACUUCUUGGAUGCGGCCUCAAACCAGUCAUGCAAACAGUCCUGGGAGGUGCACUUCUCUUUUCUUAUUCAGUAUUUUCAGUGGGAUAUGCAUAUACGUAUGCCUCGCUACAUCCUGAUGAUGGGGACAGCAGGCCUGAGUCUCAUCUCCAUCAUGAACAUAGUGCUGUUUUACAGACUGCUCCGAGCAAACAUCCUUACAGUUUCCUACCUCAUGAUGUAG